AUGCCCACAACCCGCUCUCAGGCUCACCGUCGGCAUUUUCGGUCUCCUCCUGCCUCUUCUGAAUCUUCUGCUGCAACGGAACGGAGACAUCCUUCUCAUGCCACUCAGAAACGCAGUGAGGAUGCAAAACGAGGACUACUUAGAGGAAGGGGAAGAAGAAGAAGAAGAAGUUCAAGGAGGGGAGAGCACCAUCACCACCACCACCAGAGCGAAGGUGAGAAUAGCAACAGCGACAACGAAGAAAGUAGCCCAUCGGAUGCCAUAGCACCAGUGAUUCUCGCGGCCAAAUCAAGGAUCCUCUACGACAUUGAAAGCCUAGAGAUGGAAUCCCGAGCCAGAGCACUGGCUGGGCUGAAAGGCCAAUUCGACGUAGUCUACUGCCGAGAAAUCUCCCCUUUCUAUGAAUUUCAACUUAGUGAGCGUCCCCGGAUCCGCAUCCAUGACGGAGGAGCUGAAUGUACGUGCUCGGAAUAUGAGAAUCGACCGGAUAUGGCCUGUCGGCAUAUUUUCUGGCUCGUAGAUCAGGUCUACGACAGCAUUUCGAAAGGUACUGCUCCUCUCUCGCCAGCGGGCUUACCACUAUCCAGGGAUGGAUUCUCUCCAAAGUUACCACAUAUACAUACUCUCCUAAACGACCGUUUGGAAUCCUUGGCAGCACACUUAGAAUGGCCCUUUAUCCCAAUAAACGAAUCCACGACGGCCAGACUUGGCUACGGAGAAGCCAUCGCCGGCGGCUUAUCUCGACAGGAGCAGGUUCGCGAUAUUAUGUCUGCAUUCAACAAAGUCACGCUUCCAGAAGACUUCCGAAAGGAUCUCGUGGAAGCCAGCACGGCAACACCGCGCACACCAGAGCAAUGCGUUGUCCAAGGAGACUUCGAGGCGACGCUAUUCCGGCUCGCCGUCCACGACAACAACGUAUACAGUAGCAUUUGCAAAGCCAUGCCAACCGGGGCCUGUGCAGCCAUUUAUUUCGACAAGGUCCAGCAACAGUCCCGGAAUCUGCUGCUGCAUUUCGACGAAUAUCGGCGGUCGGGACGACUGCCCAGCGGAAGACAGUCGCUGGAGGUGUACGCAGUGGCUAGGGAAUUGCGGCAGCACGUACAAAAAAUCCGGAACAAUCUUGCUCUGCGAGUUCCGUACGGCACGAAAGGGGCCGUCGAGGCCUUGGUCACGCUACUUCAGGAUGUUAGUUCACGCAACAUCGACGCGUUCGAGAAUAGUCCCUGGGGACGAAUUGCGCCGGCGGGCGAGGAUGCUGACGAUCGAAACCUGUAUGAACAGUUGAUUGGACAGGCCAAUAGCAGCAGAAGCAGCAAUCGUGGUGUAGGCGGAGGAGGAGAAGAGGCUUUGUUUAUAUUAGAUGUCCUAGGCGAGGUACCUGCAUCCGUGCUGGGAUCAUACUUGUCCAACCUGUUCGACAUUCUUGCCAAAGUCGAGAUAAACCGCGCACCGUCAUCCUUCGUGCUCAAAUUGAAGACCCUGAUACAGGAUGCGCAGUCGGGUCAAGGCCGAGCAGUCAAGCGACCAGCUACAGCGGAGGCUGGAGGUGGUCCGAAGCGAGCACGAUGA